AUGUCAAUUGCAAGGUAUAUCUACUACACCAUUGCGGUUGCUGUUUUAUUAAAUUUUGUCAAAGCUACUGAAAAUAACAAUUUUAAACUUGAACUUGAAGCGUCAUGGAGCAAUAUUGAUUUCCUUCCUAGCUUUAUAGAGGCCAUCGUUGGCUUCAAUGACUCUUUGUACGAACAGACAAUUGAAACAAUUUUUGGUUUAGGAGACACUGAAGUGGAAUUAGAAGAUGAUGCUUCAGAUCAAGAAAUAUAUUCUACCGUGAUCAACUCAUUAAGGUUAACAGAUCAAGAUUUGGAUUUUAUUAAUUUUGAUUUAACCAACAAAAAACAUACACCAAGAAUCGCAGCCCAUUACGAUCACUAUUCUGAUGUUCUAACUAAGUUUGGCGAUCGACUCAAAAGUGAAUGUGCAAAAGACUCUUUUGGGAAUGCAGUGGAAACGAAAAAUGGUCAAAUUCAAACGUGGUUACUAUAUAACGAUAAGAUAUAUUGUUCGGCUAAUGAUUUGUUUGCAUUACGAACUGAUUUGAGUUCUCAUUCUACACUUUUAUUUGAUAGGAUUAUUGGAAAAUCAAAAGAUGCACCUUUGGUGAUUUUAUAUGGAAACCCGACUGAGGAACUGACUAAAGAUUUUCUUAAAAUAUUGUAUCCAGAUGCAAAGGCUGGAAAAUUAAAGUUUGUAUGGAGGUACAUUCCACUGGGAAUCAAAAAACUGGACUCAAUUUCUGGAUACGGUGUAUCAUUGAAAAUGGAAAAGUAUGAUUAUUCUGGUGCAGAAGGAAAUACAAAGUAUGAUUUGAGUCGAGAUUUCACCAGAAUUAAUGACUCGCAAGAAUUGGUCCUAGUCAUUGGAAAACAUUCGUAUGAACUUGGUGUUAAAUUGACUUCAUUCAUAUUAUCCAAUCGCUACAAGACUACUAAAUACGACCUUUUAGAUACCAUUUUAACCAACUUUCCCAAGUUUAUUCCUUACAUUGCACGAUUACCAAAAUUACUAAAUCAUGAAAAAGUUAAAUCCAAAGUGCUUGGAAAUGAAGAUAUAGGGCUAUCUCAAGACUCCUACGGAAUAUAUAUCAACGGUUCCCCAAUAAAUCCACUAGAGUUAGAUAUUUACAAUCUAGGUACCAGGAUAAAGGAGGAAUUACAGACUGUGAAAGAUUUAGUGAAACUUGGAUUUGAUACCGUACAAGCAAAGCUCUUGAUAGCAAAAUUUGCUUUACUUUCAGCUGUUAAACAAACACAAUUUCGAAAUGGGAAUACAUUAAUGGGUAACAAUGAAAAUAGAUUUAAAGUGUAUGAAAAUGAAUUUAAGAAGGGUAGUUCAGAAAAGGGUGGGGUCUUGUUUUUCAAUAACAUUGAAUCAGACAACACAUUCAAGGAGUACACCACUGAUCGUGAGGAGGCAUAUUUAGGAGUUGGUUCUCAUAAACUUAAGCCAAAUCAAAUUCCGUUAUUGAAAGAGAACAUCCAUGAUUUAAUUUUCGCAUUAAAUUUUGGGAACAAAAAUCAAUUGCGGGUGUUUUUCACUUUAUCUAAGGUGAUUUUGGACUCCGGUAUACCUCAACAAGUUGGAGUUUUGCCCGUUAUAGGAGAUGACCCAAUGGAUCUGUUACUCGCUGAGAAAUUUUAUUGGAUUGCUGAGAAAUCAAGCACACAAGAGGCAUUAGCAAUAUUGUAUAAAUAUUUUGAAUCAAACAGUCCAGAUGAAGUUGAUGACUUAUUAGAUAAAGUGGAAGUACCCGAAGAUUAUAAAGUGGAUUAUAAUCAUGUGUUAAACAAGUUUUCUAUAUCAACUGCUUCGGUCAUUUUCAAUGGGGUUAUUUACGAUUUAAGAGCACCAAACUGGCAGAUUGCCAUGAGUAAACAAAUAUCCCAGGACAUUUCACUUAUUAAAACUUUCUUGAGACAGGGACCAAUAGAGGGUAGAUUGAAAGAUGUUCUUUACUCUAAUGCAAAAUCAGAACGCAAUUUACGUAUAAUUCCAUUAGAACCUAGUGACAUUAUUUACAAGAAAAUCGACAAGGAAUUAAUAAACAAUUCAAUUGCAUUCAAGAAGCUAGAUAAAGCGCAGGGCGUGUCUGGAACAUUUUGGCUAGUGUCGGAUUUUACCAAGUCAGAAAUAAUUACUCAAUUGAUAGAUUUGUUAUUGCUUCUCAAAAAGAAAGCAAUUCAGAUAAGAAUUAUUAAUACUGGGGAUACAGAUGUUUUUGGAAAAUUGAAAACAAAGUUUAAAUUAACCGCCUUAACAAAUGGACAAAUUGAUGAAAUUAUUGAGAUUUUGAAAAAAUCCAACGCUUCAAGUGCAAAUAAUGAUGAAUUGAAAAAAAUGCUUGAGACUAAGCAAUUACCUGCUCAUCACUCUUUUUUGCUAUUCAACUCUAGAUAUUUUAGAUUGGAUGGAAAUUUUGGAUACGAGGAAUUGGAUCAAAUUAUAGAGUUUGAAGUAUCUCAAAGAUUGAACUUAAUCCCGGACAUCAUGGAGGCAUAUCCGGAUGAGUUUAGGUCGAAGAAGGUAAGUGAUUUUAAUCUGGUUUUGUCUGGAUUGGACAAUAUGGACUGGUUUGAUUUGGUGACUUCCAUAGUGACAAAAUCAUUCCAUGUCGACGAAAAAAGGUUUAUUGUUGAUGUUAACAGGUUUGAUUUUAGCUCAUUGGAUUUUUCAAACUCGAUUGAUGUAACGACUUAUGAAGAAAAUAGUCCAGUUGAUGUAUUAAUAAUUUUGAACCCAAUGGAUGAAUAUUCUCAAAAAUUGAUAAGCCUUGUUAAUAGCAUUACAGAUUUUCUGUUCUUGAACAUUAGAAUCUUACUACAACCAAGAGUGGAUCUGAAAGAAGAGAUCAAAAUUCACAAGUUUUAUCGUGGUGUGUAUCCUCAACCGACUCCCAAAUUUGAUUCCAAUGGCAAGUGGAUCCAACAUUAUUCAGCUCAAUUUGAAAGUAUUCCAUCCAAUGUGACCUAUUCUACUGAAUUAGAUGUUCCACAUAAGUGGAUAGUUGUUCCUCAACUGAGUUCGAUGGAUUUAAACACAAUCAAUUUCAGCGAAAGCCACUCUGUUGAUGCAAAAUACUCUCUAAAAAAUAUAUUAAUUGAAGGAUAUGCUAGAGAUAUUCAUACUGGGAAGGCCCCUGAUGGUUUAAUCUUUAGAGCCUUUAAUAAAAAUUACUCAACUGAUACUUUGGUGAUGACUUCCUUGGACUAUUUUCAAAUCAAAGGGUAUCCUAGUAUUUUCAACUUUAGUACGACCUCAAAUGACACAUUAUUGUCUGCAUCGGAAAACAAAUAUCAGGCUAAUACCGAGGAAUUGGAGAGCAUUGAGGUGCCAGUUUUUAAAAUUGAUGGAUCGACCAUAUAUCCAAGGGUAAUGAAAUCUGGCAACAAUAAGCCAAUGCUGACGAGAAAACAUGCAGAUAUAAAUAUUUUUACAAUUGCUGGUGGCCAACUUUAUGAAAAGUUAACUAGCAUUAUGAUUGCGUCAGUAAGAAAACAUAACCCUAGCCUGACAAUAAAAUUCUGGAUUUUGGAAGAUUUUGCGACCCCACAAUUCAAACACUUGGUAGAGCUUAUCUCAGUAAAGUAUAAUGUCGAAUAUGAGUUUAUUAGUUACAAAUGGCCCAAUUUCUUGAGAAAACAGAAAACCAAAGAAAGAAUGAUUUGGGGGUAUAAGAUUUUGUUUUUGGACGUUUUGUUCCCACAAGAUCUCAACAAGAUUAUAUUCAUUGACGCCGAUCAAAUAUGUAGGGCAGAUUUGACAGAAUUGGUUAACAUGGAUCUUGAAGGUGCUCCAUAUGGAUUUACUCCAAUGUGUGAUUCUCGGGAAGAAAUGGAAGGUUUCAGAUUUUGGAAAGAAGGAUACUGGUCCGAUGUUUUGAAGGAUGAUUUGAAAUAUCAUAUUAGUGCAUUAUUUGUUGUUGAUUUGCAAAAGUUCAGAUCUAUAAAAGCUGGAGACAGAUUGAGAGCACACUAUCAAAAGCUUUCUAGUGAUCCAAAUUCGUUGAGCAAUUUAGAUCAAGAUUUGCCCAAUAAUAUGCAAAGACUGAUAAAAAUUUUCAGUUUGCCUCAAAAUUGGCUCUGGUGUGAAACGUGGUGCUCAGAUAAAAGCUUGGAAGAUGCAAAAAUGAUUGAUCUUUGCAACAAUCCAUUAACUAGAGAAAAUAAAUUAGAUGCUGCUAAGAGAUUGAUCCCAGAAUGGAUUGAAUACGAGCAAGCAAUUGAACCAUUGGUAUCAUUAGUACAGAAUAAUACCGCCAAAGAAGUUGUUCAAGAGAUAGAAAUUGAUACAGACGGAGAACAAGAAGAACAAGAACAAGAAAGUAAUGAUGAUGAUUUUAUUCACGAUGAAUUGUAA